CCAUCAGCAGUCCGGUCAACAAACACUCUGCCGGAGGAGCCGCCGCCGCAAAACUUCAGCGACUCUCCGCACUUUCAAACACCGACAUGGAUGCCCUCAAGUCGGCCGGGAGAGCAAUCAUCCGGAGCCCGAGUAUGGCGAAACAGUCGUGGACCGCCGGCAGACACAGAAAGCUUCCAGAAAACUGGACCGACACACGGGAGACCAUCUUGGAGGGCAUGACCUUCAACCUGCGACACCUCGGCAUGACACUAGUGGACCAGCCCAAAGGAGAGGAGCUGUCAGCAGCUGCUGUAAAGAGGAUUGUUGCCACGGCUAAAGCCAGUGGAAAGAAGCCUCAGAAAGUCGCUCUGAAGGUUUCACCUCAGGGAAUCGUUCUGUGCGACAGCUCAACCAAUAAACUCCUUGAAAACGUCUCCAUAUACAGAAUAUCCUACUGCACUGUGGACAAACUGCAUGAUAAAGUGUUUGCUUAUAUCGCUCAAAACACCCUCAAUGGGACCCUGGAGUGCCACGCCUACCUCUGCUCCAAGAGGAAAGUGGCUCAGGCGGUAGCCCUGACGGUAGCCCAGGCCUUCACGGUAGCUUUUGAGCUCUGGCAAGUGGCCAAGGAAGAGAAAGGGAAGAGAGUGAAGUCUGGGUCCGCUGGAGAGGCCAGCAGCAGUUCCCGUUCAGAGAGAUCGAACAGCAUCGGGAGUCUGAAAGGAACAGGUAAAAAAAAAAUCUGUGUUUUAAGCACACAAAGCUUCGUGAAUGUGGUGGUGGAGACCAACGGGAAUGUAGAAGAGGAUCAGCUGGAUAACCACAGGCCCUCUGAGACCAAUGACAACGCUGCCUGGGAAAUAGAAGAUGGCUUGGAUGAAGCCUUCUCCAGACUGGCAGUGUCGCGUACUAACCCCCAGGUCCUGGACAUUGGGGUGACGCCCCAAGACUGGCUCACUGAACCUGACUGGGACAGCGCCAAUGGAAACACUCCUAACGGUUUGAGUCCAUUUGGGGACGAUAUCUUUGGCUUCUGACCACCACUGCACAGCGGGGAGAGGGACGACAACUGAGAGGAGGGGCUGUUUUCCUACGAAUUAACAUGACAUCCAUGUAUAUUUAAAAAAUAAGGCUACAGUAAGUCCACAAGGGAAUAAGUGUAGAACCGUGAGAUGAAGUUUGGCCUCUUCACUUUGUCGUUGCACUCUUCACAUGUCCGUUUCUUCCCUUCUCUGUGGAAACAGCACGGGCUGCUGCCCCUGCGCACCAAAGCAAUAAUAACAUCCUGUAAUGUUACUACAUCUCUUCUGUUAUUACGCUGCAAACAUUAGCGCUAACUUAUCUUCACCAAGCCAUCUUCUGCCAGCUUGUGUUUUUUCCUUGGUUUACUUAAAUUCUUUUUCUGUAGUUUUGGCAUCAUAAUCAGUGUUUUGUACGUGUUUAGUUAUAAUUUAUAGUUUUAUAAUUAUUUUUUUAUGGAUGAGGUAGGACUUAAUUGUACAGACUGUAUCAGCAGGCCUUAAUAAUAACAGCAGGACAAUCAGCUAUGCUAUAUCUUUAAAUUACAAAAAAAAAAAAAAGCUUAAGUCCAACAUGAGUGGGUUUAGUUUGUGUGAGGAUUUGGCCCUCUUAUGUUUUGGAUGCAACCAGCAGAUUGUUUUGUUUAUAAUCUGAAAAUCAGCGUACUCAUUCUAUUUAAAUGAAAUUUUUCCAGUGGCUCAUGCAAGACUUAAUGUUCCAGGCAUUACUUUUUCACUGCAGCAGUGUAACAAUGUUCUCUUCAAAUGAAGCCCAGAUGUGUUCACAACCCACCGUGGCCCUUUCAUUGUACACUGUAAUCUACCAGCAUUGUAUAGAAUUAAAAUAUAUUCAUGAAUAUAAAA